CUUACACUGGGUCAAUGAUUUACCAGGGUGUUUCAAGGCUGCUCAGAAGGCUUUAAAACCCGACUGUCCAUUUAUCGGGAGUAUGUUUGGUGGUGACACACUGUUUGAACUCAGGGUUUCUCUGCAGUUAGCAGAACAGGAAAUACAGGGGGGGAUUAGUCCACACAUUUCACCUUUCACUGAUGUCCGUGAUCUAGGUAACCUUUUGAACCGAGCAGGAUUCACCAUGUUAACUAUUGAUAUUGAUGAAAUAAAAACAACUUAUGAGAACAUGUUGUCCUUAAUGCUGGAUUUGAAAGGCAUGGCAGAAAAUAAUUGUGUCUGGGAAAGGAGGCCCAUGCUUUAUCGUAAAACAAUAGAAUUAGCUGAGAAAAAAUACAGAGCGUGUCCUGCUGGAUCUUAUGGGGACAACUGUUCGACAACCUCCCCUCCCCCCUCUUACGAGGAGAACUGUGGUCACCAGUGUGAGUGUAGUCCCGGGGAGGAAUGUAGCCCCUUCAUAGGUUGUGUCAGGAUAACCACAACAACCAAUCUAUCAUCCCCAUACAUCGUCAGGAAUACAGACACUGAGUUCCCCGACAGUCUGAGGUCAGCUUUAGUAUUUCCAUUUGGCUUACCAGAAAUGUGGCAACCGUUUGAUGACAUCACCCAUUGGUUCUUGACAAUUGUACUCGUGAGGACUUCUGCUUGUACUUAUUUAGUGCGAGAGAAACGGGCCU